CUUUUGCAAAUUAAAAUGUUUUAUUUGCAUACGUGGCAACUUUAUCGACAACCGAUUAUUGUUAAAAAACAAUUUUACUGUGCGUUACGAUCUUUUUCGUUCAAUGUUAAUUUUAGGAAAAGAAAUAUUAAUAAAUAUUGGUAUACAAGUAAUAAAAUUAAAUACACGGAAAUAAAUUUUGUUUUGAGUGUAAGACUUUUAUGUACAAAAAUGAGUGACGAUAUUUCGUUAUUUACUUUACCAAACAAUCAACCAAUAAUUUCUUUAGAAUGUGAAACUGCAUUUAACGCUUUAACGAAAAAUGAAAAAUUAUAUGCACAUUAUUUAAGUCAGGCUGCAUGGCAUGGUGGUCUAAUUGUGUUUGUACAAACUUCUCCAGAAUCACCAUUAAUAUUCGCUCUGUUACAUAAAAUUUUUAUAACUGAAACAAUAAAUGAAUUGAAAAAAUCUGCAUUCGAUGUUGGUAUUAAUGAAGAUGAAUUUACUGCUUUUUUAGUAUAUUCUUGUGGAAUUUUUGCCAAUGCUGGUAACUACAAAUCUUUUGGUGAUAGUAAAAUAAUUCCUAACAUAUCCAAAGAUAAAUUUGAAACUUUGAUAAAAAGUUCAAAGGCUUAUAGGAAUAAUCCUAAAGAUAUUGAAGAAAUUUGGAGUAAAAUUAAAAAUAUAAUAUAUAAUAUAAAUGAAAAAUUGAAAUCAUUGGGACUAGGUGAAAAGGGUGUCACUACUUAUUUUUCUGCUAAUUGCACAGAGAAAGAUGCUGAAUUGGUUAAUGAGUUUAAGCAGAAGAAAGGAUUGGAAUCCUAUAAUGCAAGAUGUUUUAAGACCACGAAUGAUAUAGAUACCUAUGAAAUCAGAUUAGCUUCUAUCGAGACACAUGAUGAUCCGUGCAUUACAUUAUCAGAAGAAAUUUUUAAAAAUGCUAAAUACAAAAUUACCAGAGGAGAUUACAGCAAACUUUUGAUUCCAGUUGUUGACAAUCUCCAGAAGGCGAAAGAGUAUGCUUCAAAUGAAAUUGAAAAAAAUAUGCUAAACAAAUACAUAGAACAUUUUAAAACAGGAUCUUUACAAGAUCAUAAAGAUGGUUCUCGUUUUUGGAUCAAGAAUAAAGGACCAGUUGUAGAGACAUAUAUAGGUUUUAUUGAGACUUAUAGAGAUCCUGCAGGGCAGAGUGGAGAAUUUGAAGGUUUUGUAGCUAUGGUAAACAAGGAAAUGUCUAAAAAAUUUGCUACAUUGGUGGCUAAUGCAGAAAAAUUUAUACUAAAAUUGCCUUGGGGGAAAGACUUUGAAAAAGAUGAAUUCUUAAGACCUGAUUUUACUUCUUUAGAUGUUCUAACAUUCUCAGGAUCAGGUAUCCCCGCGGGUAUAAAUAUUCCAAAUUACGAUGAAAUUAGGCAAUCCGAGGGAUUUAAAAAUGUUUCUUUGGGUAAUGUAAUUCCAGCAAAUAUGAAGUUAGAUGUAAUACCGUUCUUAUCCGAACAUGAUCAAACUUUGAUGAAUACUUAUAGAGUUGCAAGUUUUGAAGUACAAGUUGGUUUGCAUGAACUUCUUGGUCAUGGAACAGGAAAAUUAUUAAGGCAACUAGAAUCUGGUUCAUAUAAUUUUGAUAAUGGAAAAAUGAAAAAUCCUUUAACUGGAGAGUUAAUAAAUAAAUUUUUUUUGCCGGGUGAAACAUAUGAUUCAAAGUUUGGUGCAAUGGGAUCUUCUUAUGAAGAAUGUAGAGCUGAAGCAGUUGGACUUUACUUAUCUUUAGAGAAAGAAAUACUGAACAUUUUUGGACAUGAAGGUCCUGUAACAGAUGAUAUAAUAUAUGUAAAUUGGUUAUCCCUACUUUGGACUGGUUGUGCAAAAGCCUUAGAAAUGUAUCAACCAUCUACAAAGAAAUGGUUACAAGCUCAUUCUCAAGCACGAUAUGUUUUACUUAGAGUCUGUAUAGAAGCUGGCAAUAAUUUUGUUAGCAUCGUAGAAUCUGAGCCUGGAAAGAAUCUAUUGUUAACGGUUGAUAGAUCUAAAAUUUUCACCGUUGGUAAAGAAGCAAUUGGAAAGUUCUUAACUAAAUUACAAGUUUAUAAAAGCACAGGUGACAUUGAAGCUGCCAAAGAAAUGUAUGAAAAAUACAGUGAUGUACCUGAAACAGGACCUUACCCAUGGGCACGUUGGAGGGACAUUAUAUUAGCUCAUAAAGAGCCACGUAAAAUAUUUGUACAAUCUAAUACAUUUAUAAAAGAUACAAAUGAAGUACAACUAAAAUGUUACAAUCCCAAUUUUGAUGGAUUGAUACAAUCUUGGAUAGAAAGAUUUCCUUCUCCGAACACCUCAGAAAUUCUUAUUGAGCUUUGGAAAAAGGAUCAACAACAUUUUGUACUUGAAAAUUAUUAGUUAUCUAAUAUAAAUACUUAAUGAAGCUGUAUA